AAAAGAUCCGAUUUUGGAGCUCUUAGCAAUUUCCGUCUUACAAAGGACUAGUUUUUCCGGCAAUGCAGUGGAUGGCCGCCGGCAACCUAUGAGGCAAAAAAUAGCACAACUAGUUAAAGAUGGACUGUACAAAGAAGCCAUUGCGCUCUACGCGCAUAACCACGCCGCCUCCAUCCCGCCGACGAAUUUCACCUUUCCCUACAUCCUCAAAGCCUGCGCCGCUCUCAAGGCUGUUUCCGGCGGCCAAAUGCUCCACGCUAGCCUCCUCAAAUUUGGGUGUAUGAAUAAGCACACGACUACCGACCUCACCAACAUGUAUAUGAAACUGGGCUUAGUCGACAGUGCAGCCAAACUGUUCGACGUAAUUCCCCAUCCAAGUAUAUCUAUACUUAACGUUGUUAUUUCCGGUUUUUUACAAAAUGGGCUUUCAGAAGAAGGUUUUAGAGUGUUUCGACAAUUUAGUGUCCCUAACCUUAGUAUCGAUUCCUUUACGGUAGCGAGUGUGUUGUCUGCUUGUGAGAAUGCUGCGGUUGGGAUGCAAUUGCAUUGUUUAGCCAUCAAGAUUGGCGUAGAAAGCGAUGAUUAUGCAGCAACAUCGCUUAUGACGAUGUAUUUAGAUUGUGGGGAGUUGGGUUUUGCUUCGAGUUUGUUUAAGUGGAUUGAGAAGAAAGGCGUGGUUUUCUACAAUGCUUAUAUAUCAGGGCUUGCGGAGAAAGGGAUUGUGGAAAUGGUGUUGUGUGUGUUUAAGGAAAUGAAGCUGUUAUCUGAGAAACUUACUAUAGCUACCAUGGUUUCUGUGCUGUCUGCUUGUGGAACUGGUAGGUGUGUGAGAUUUGGUAGGCAGCUUCAUGGGCUUAUAGUUAAAGUUGGAUUAGAGUUCGACACUAACGUUGGGACUGCCCUUGUAGAUAUGUAUUCAAAAUGCGGUUCUUGGCAAUGUGCGUAUGGUGUAUUCAGUGACAUGGGUGGUAACAGAAAUCUGAUAACAUGGAAUUCGAUGAUAGCUGGAAUGAUGCUAAAUGGUGAAUGUGAACAGGCUGUAGAUCUUUUUUCCCAAUUAGAGACUGAAGGAGGAGGGUUAGAAGCUGACUCUGUGACAUGGAAUUCUAUGAUCAGUGGUUUCACUCAGCUAGGAAAGGCUGAUGAAGCUUUUCUCUUGUUCAGAAAGAUGCUAUCUUGCAGUGCAAUACCUAGUGUGCGAUGCAUCACUAGCUUGCUAGCAGCUUGUUCAUCCCUGUCGAUGCAGAGCUAUGGAAAGGAGAUACAUGCGUUUGCUGCAAGAAGGAAAGUCGUUGAUGAUGUGUUCUUGGCUACUGCAGUCAUCGACCUGUAUAUGAAGUGUGGACAACCUGGUUUAGCCUGCAACGUUUUUAACCAGUUUGAUGUAAAGCCAAACGAUCCAGCAUUUUGGAAUGCCAUGAUUUCUGGGCAUGGAAAACAUGGGCAGAGUGAAGCAGCCUUUGAUGUUUUCAAUCAAAUGGUAGAGCAUGAUGUUGAGCCAAAUUUAGUUACUCUGAGUUGCCUUUUGUCUGUAUGCAGCCACAGUGGCCAUGUUGACAAGGGCUUCCAGAUUUUUAGAUUAUUCACUGUGGGAUAUGGUUUUAAUCCGACUUCGAAGCAUAUGAGUAUCUUGAUUGAUCUCCUUAGUCGUUCUGGAAGGCUAGAUGAAGCCUUGGAACUCCUAAGAGCAACAGAUGAAACGUUUGCUUUCGUUUCAGCUUCUCUGCUUGGCGCUUCCGAGCAACAUAUGGAUAAUAGGUUAAGAGAAGAGAUGGCUCAGAGAGUUGUAGAAUUAGAGCCUGAAAACCCGAUUCCGUUUGUGGUUUUGUCCAACAUAUAUGCCAGACAAGAUAGGUGGAAAGAUGUCCACAAGAUAAGAAAGUUGAUGGACAAGAAGGGACUGAGAAAACUGCCUGGGCUUAGUUCAGUUGCAAGCGCCUAGAAAAAGGAUUAUUUGCUUAGAGUCAAUGUUAUAUCAAUUUUUGUAGCGCUCUUCAACACCACAAAUCUGCUCACAAACAGUCAACUUCUGUAUUAGUCACAUGUAAAAGUAAAACCUCCAUUUCUUUUUCUUUUACUUUUUGAUAGUAAAUUACACAUGGUUUGUGAU